GUAAAUUAUUGGGGGUGAUUAAAUAGUGAAACCAGAUAAACAUUUAAUCGAAUCUCAUUAUAAGAAGAAAACUCUCACCAAGUAAAUAACUAAAUAUAGGCCAAGAUGUCCUUAUAGACCAUCAAAUUUUCAUUGUGGAUUGAUGAUUUUCUUGUGUGACGACGGUUAAGGGAUCGAAGCGUAACUGUCUUUGUUUCAUUACUAUUUCUAUGACCAAAAUUUAAGUUUACUGAUUGGAAUCGUAAACUAGUAAAAGUUCAGGGGCUAACCAAUAUUCAGUAGAAUUAACAGAGGAAGUGCGCGUGCCCCUCAACUCUGUAAGAUUCUGGUUUUUUCAUUUUUUGAUCGACUGAUAGGAAAAGGAAAUCGCAGAGCAAGCUUAUCUGAGAAAGAUGAGGAAAUUGAAGCAGUUCAUAGCAGGGGAUGAGGAUGGCGACAGGGGAGAGAGCUUUUUGGAAGAAGAUUCAGAUAGGUCUUGUUCCCUCACUGCAACGCAGAGAAUGUACGCAUUCGCAGCUUGGCUUGCUGCUGGUCUGGCUUUCAUGUUUCUGUCAUUGAUUGUGUUUGUGAAACCCAUCAAGUUUGCCUUGUUGUUCACUUUCGGCAACAUAUUUGCUGUUGGAAGCACAGCCUUUCUCAUUGGAACUGGGCAGCAACUGACCAUGAUGUUUGACUCCACCCGUGUGUAUGCAACUUCCAUAUACCUUGGAUGCGUCGUAAUAUCACUUAUCUGCGCCCUUUUGAUCCACAACAAGAUUUUGACAUUGAUUGCUAUAGUAUGUGAAAUAUGUGCCCUGAUUUGGUACAGUUUGAGCUACAUUCCUUUCGCCCGAACGAUGCUGUCCAAUUUGAUGGUUCGUGUCUUUGACACAGAACUAUGACCAACCGGCAUUUCUCUCUCGCCAGGAGUUCCAUUUGUCACACCUUCCCUAACUGCUCUCUUGGAAGCAACCCACGGCUUCCGCCAGAACUUUUACGCCGUCAAAUCUCAUCACAAAACUAGACAAGGAAGAAAAGCAGAGAAAGGCAGAUAGUCACAGUAGAGCUACUAGAACAGGUUUGCCUGGAUGGGCCAGAUGGAGGAAGAAGAAGAAGGGAGUUAUUAAUAUAUUUGCCUUGCUUCUGCAGAAAUGGGCCCAGAAAAUAAACAAAGGGAAAGGAUGUGAACAUCUAAGUUUUCAAACCGGUUUAGCAAGUGGGAAUUGUACACCAGUUGUAUAUAAUCGAUUUGUGCAUGAUUAUCUCGGCUUAAUAAAAUACGACAUUCCAAAUUAAUUAACAAAAAUUCAUAUUUAAGUACAACAGUUAACGUCAAAAUCUAAAUGUUUAUACCCGAAUCCAACAAAAAAUUACAGGAACUUUUAACUUUUAUAUUCAUAAAAUAUACAAUAAAUUCAUUAUUUAUUAAUCAAACUUACCAAAUAGACGUCAUCUUACUAAGAAUUCGUAAACCGAUCGUGACGGUCAUACUAGCGAUGUUUAUGCCAGUUUUAAGACCGACAUCGAUUCAACCAGAUUCAACCGACUGGCAUGUCACCGGCAAUGACAAUCAUGGUCAAUAUAGUAGGGGGUAGGUGUGAUAUCAACUUUACACCAAGAAAGAAGGAAGAAAGGAGCAUGUGGAAUAUCUUUUACUUCCCCUAUUUUGAGUGGUAGAGCUACCUAACACAGUUAACAGUGGACACACAGGUGGAGCAGUAGUAGUAGUACUGAAUACUCAUUUUAUGUGUUUGUUGAAAUAGGAAUCUCAUAACGCUCCCUUACUUUUCCCCUAUCAAACUUCAGAACUGUAGGACCAGAAUUCAGAUGUUGCAACCGAAUUCAUUCAAAUAAGUUUGAGUUGUUGGUUGUGGGGAAGAUUGAAUAAUGGGGAUUGAAUCCAAAACCAUUGAGCAGCGGGCGAAACGAAAAGGAUUCUAAAGUCAUAAAUUUUUCUUGAUUGAAUCUAAAUCUUUGAAAGAUGGCCAAUUCUACUGUUUGAACAAUAUAUGUUCUAAGAUAAUAUAAAAAAAUAUUGUAAAAAAAAUUAUUAUAGGACAUGGGUAGUGUAUCUAUAGGGCAUUGGAGUAUCAUUAUAAAAGUACCAAGUUUUGACUUUCUAAUGUUGAUAAAAGUGAGAUAAUCCGCAGCUUAAUUGUCUGCAAGACUGUGACCACGAGGAAACAAUGAUGGAGUUCAUUUGGGUGGGUUGGUGGAGGACAUUAACAGUUCUCAAGAGACGUGAUUAAGGUGUGUUUUGAUGCUUGCUUAUUAAAGGGAAAUUGUGUCCAUCACAAUUUGUUAAAUUUUUAAUUUGCUGCAAAGACCUUUCAAUAAGGUUUAAUGAUUACU